CAGUAAUAAUACAAAUAAUUAUUUUCCUUAAUCUAAUUCUUGAUAGUUCUGAGUAGUUAUCUUUAUAAAAAACUCAAAUUUUAAAGCAAGACUUACCACCGGACGCAAGAACUGCUAAACUAACCAAGACACAGCCAAGUAUGGAUGGCCCAGAGGUGAUUAAUUUUGCAUCAGUGGAGAGUGCUCUGAAUGCCGCCCUGGAAUCCGACGAAAGGUAUCAAAGAGAAAAUAAUGCCAAGUUUCGAGCUGUACAUCAAAGGGUGGCGUCUUACGAGGAAUUCAGGGACAUAGUCCUGGCCUCCCAUUUGAAACCUCUGGAGAAGAGUGACGUGACAGAAGCCCCACGCAAACAGCCAUGGAAUUCCGUUUUUUCCGCUACAAAGCAAAAGGACACGGUUGGUUGUGAGGUGACGGAGUGUGACGCAGCGGCGUUCCAGCCGCGGACAGCCUCGGAGUUUCAGCGCGGCUGGCGGCGAUUAGGGGGGAAGGUCAAAGACAAAUAUCACUGCAUAAUAUCCCUCGGCGGGCCGAAGUUGAGGGAGAUAUUCAACAUUGAGAUUGCUUCAGGCCUGCUGGGAGAGUUCCUGAUAAUUAUGGCAGAAUGUAUGCAGCCGGGUGAUGAAGCAGACGUACUGGCAAUCCUGCAGGGGCUGUCACAAACUUGUCGUUUCAGCCUCAACGUGUCCUUCUUGGACCAAGCAGAAAGAGACGGGUGUUCACAGCUGUUUGCCAGGCUGCUUGAUGUAACGGAUAAACAAGCUCAGAUAGGGCACACAGGUGUCGGCCAUGACGGCGCCCUAGAACAUACUACAGAGACACGGGAAAAGGAGAAAUAUUACAAAGCUUUUUGCGAUGCUCAGACUGCAGGGGACGGGAUUGAUGUUGAAAAGCUGAAAGACUUAAUGCAAUGUUAUGAUGUGAAGACACAACCUUUCGCUACCCAACUGGAUUGCAUUACCCAAGACAGCUAAAAGUGUGUAACUCAUCCUGAUGCUGUUUAAUAAAAACAAAAGUAAAGUAAAA